AUGCGUGUUGCCAAAGUUAGCCUUGUGAUAUGUCCGUUUUGGUUCUUGGCACAGCUCGCUUCCAAUCUCUCUCUCAAGUACACGACCGUUACGGUAAAGAACAUUGCAAACUCACCCUCAUUGCUCUGUUCCGGAGACGAUGAUGAUGAAAGAAGCGGCCGGUUCAGUAUGGCGCAGCUCCUCGGGUUUCUAGGUCUCUUCAACUUCUUUAACGUCCUACCUGCUGCUCUGAUACUCAACUUCACGAAGUGAGAACGCUUCAACGCACUAACCUUGAAAGAGUUGAAUCUGGUUGUUGGCAAAGGUAUAAUAUAAGAUCAAGUUCUAGUUGGAUUUGAUGUUGUGAUGUUUUGUUUUGGCGUUUUCAUGUUUAAUGUGCUCAGUAACUAUCUAUGGGCAAAGGCAGUACUUUUUUUGACAACGACCACGGUGGCGUCAGCCGGGCUGACCAUACAGGUUCCACUGGCAGCUAUUGUAGACAGCUUAUCAGGGAACAAACCAAGCUUCACCAACUUCAUUGGUGCUGCAGCUGUUAUGGUAGGCUUUGCAGGCAUCAAUAAUCCUUCAGAGUUGUUUUACAGAUCCAAACAGACAUCUAUUGAGAGACCAGGAACAUCGUUCACGGAUCCUCCUCAGGUUGUGUCGGAUAGGAUAGGAGUAGAUUCUUCUGACCCUAGUGUCCUAACUGUUCCUAAUUCAACAGCCAUGAUGCUUGUUUCCUGA